AUGCAACCGACUCGAGAAGCUGACCCCUUUUUUGUUAUCACUGCUAAUAAUUAUGAAGACACUUGCACAAUAUUUUGGCGACUUGAAACUAAAGUGGACGAAUUAAUUAUUGGUGGUUCAUUACUACAUGAUAUGCAAUUCGAGAAACUAUUUCGGAGUGACAAGGAAAGCAAACUUCAAGUCAAGAAAAUCACUUUGAACCUUUUCGAGUUUACUGAAAAAAAUUGUCGAGUGAUACUAUCGGUUCUGGAUAUUACUUACCUCAAAUCAAUUCACUUUAUGGUGUUCCCCAGUGAUAACAUCAGUUGGUUAUUUGAAAUGGAAGAAUUCAAAGAUUUUCCUGCUAAAUAUCUAAUGUCUACAAACUUUAUAAAAGGAAAAUGUGAAGACUGGGAGAAAUAUGAAAUACAUUUCGAGGAACUGGAAGCGGAGCCAGUGGAGAAAAUGAUUAUGGAGUUCUCAGAGGAAUGUAUUGAAAAUAAGGCUCAUUUCAUGUUUUACGGUCGGAUCACAAGAGAUUUGAUGGAGAAGUUGCAGGAAUUAGAGACGUUUGACUACGGUACCACGCAAAACGGAAUUGUCUACUGGUUCACGACAUCCGAUGAGCACAAACAUCUUCGAGUAUCCCUGAGUGCAGGCGAGCCGAACAAAAUGUUGGAAGGAAUGCUUAUAAAUAUUUGA